CGCACCGUUCUUCCCUUUUAACUUCCUCCUCUGCCACCAAAAUCCUAAAACCCUAAACCCUCACUCCUAUUCUCUCUCUUUCUCUGCGCGUUCUGCAGAAUGGGAAUAUUCGAACCGUACAGAGCCAUUGGAUACAUAACGAGCAGCGUCCCUUUCUCCGUCCAGCGAUUGGGCACCGAAACCUUCGUCACUGUCAGCGUCGGCAAAGCUUUCCAAGUUUACAAUCGCCACAAGCUCGCUUUGGUUAUUGUCGGUCCUCAAUUGCCGAAGAAGAUCCGUGCGCUUGCUUCUUAUCGUGAAUUCACCUUUGCCGCCUAUGGGAAUGAGAUCGCAGUUUUCAAGCGCGCGCACCAGGUAGCAACUUGGAGCAGGCAUAAUGCUAAGGUCAAUUUGUUGCUGUUGUUUGGAGACCAUAUCCUUAGUGUUGAUGUCGAAGGUAACAUGUUCAUAUGGCCAUUUAAAGGAGCUGACCAGAAUUCUUCUCCUAUUGGGCACAUCAGGCUAGAUGAAAAUUUUACUCCUAGCUGUAUAGUUCAUCCAGAUACUUACUUGAAUAAGGUUCUUCUUGGGAGUCAGGAAGGUUCUCUACAGCUUUGGAACAUUAGUACAAAGAAAAAAAUUUACGAGUUCAAGGGGUGGAAUUCAUCUAUAUCCAGUUGUGUUUCAUCACCAGCGCUUGAUGUUGUUGCGGUCGGCUGUGCUGAUGGAAAAAUUCAUGUUCACAAUAUUCGUUAUAAUGAAGAGCUGGUUACCUUUACACACUCUACACGGGGUGCUGUGACUGCCUUAUCUUUCAGCACAGAUGGACAGCCUCUUCUAGCCUCUGGAGGUUCAUCAGGUGUCAUUAGCAUAUGGAAUCUUGAGAAAAGAAGGCUCCAAUCAGUCAUAAGAGAGGCUCAUGAUAGUUCAAUAGUUUCCCUGCAUUUUUUGGCUAAUGAGCCUGUCUUAAUGAGUUCAUCAGCAGACAACUCUAUCAAAAUGUGGAAAUUUAACACGACUGAUGGAGAUCCUGAGCUUCAUGGCUUUCGAAGUGGACAUAGUGCUCCUCCACUUCGCAUAAGGUUUUAUGCGAAUGGGAGGCACAUUCUAUCUGCUGGUCAGGAUCGUGCCUUUCGCCUUUUCUCUGUAAUUCAGGACCAGCAAAGUAAAGAGCUUUCCCAACGUCAUGUAGCUAAACGGGCCAAGAAGCUAAGAGUGAAGGAAGAAGAGAUAAAAUUGAAGCCUGUUAUUGCAUUUGAUUGUGCUGAAAUUAGAGAGCGGGAUUGGUGCAAUGUGGUUACAUGUCAUAUAGAUACUGCACAGGCGUAUGUGUGGAGACUUCAAAACUUUGUUCUUGGUGAGCAUAUUCUGAAUCCAUGCCCAGAAAAUCCAACAUCUGUUAAGGCCUGUGCCAUUAGCACAUGUGGCAAUUUUGCCGUGUUAGGAACAGCAGGUGGUUGGAUUGAGCGAUUCAACCUUCAAUCAGGAAUUAGCAGAGGCAGCUAUCUGGACAUGUCAGAAACAAGAAGCUGUGCCCAUGAUGGGGAAGUGGUUGGAGUUGCUUGUGAUUCAACGAAUACCCUCAUGAUAAGCGCAGGAUAUCACGGAGAUAUAAAGUGUUUUAAUGUGCAGGUAUGGGAUUUCAAGGGGCGUCAACUAAAAUCCAGAUGGGAAAUCGGUUGUUCUCUUGUUAAGAUUGUUUACCAUCGUCCUAAUGGUCUUUUGGCUACUGUGGCAGACGAUUUCAUUAUCCGUUUGUUUGAUGUUGUGGCAUCAAGACUGGUUCGUAAAUUUGAAGGUCAUACAGAUCGCAUUACAGAUUUGUGUUUCAGUGAGGACGGGAAAUGGCUUUUGUCAUCCAGUAUGGAUGGAAGUCUUCGAAUCUGGGAUGUUAUCUUAGGAAGACAGAUAGAUGCAAUGCAUGUUGAUGUGUCUAUCACAGCAUUGUCUCUAUCACCAAAUAUGGAUUUUUUAGCAACUACCCAUGUUGAUCAAAAUGGAGUCUACUUGUGGGUAAAUCAGUUAAUGUUUUCUGGAGCUUCAAAUGUUGAUUCCUACUCAAGUGGAAAAGAAGUUGUGAGCAUUAAGCUGCCACCUCUCUCUUCGAAGGGAAGUCGUCAAGCUGAUAUUUCUGAUGUGCCUGUUGAGCCUAUUGUGACCCACUUGCAGGAUGCUUCUGCUUCUGCUUUUCUGUCUCAAGAUCAGCAAAUCCCAGAUUUAGUUACUCUCUCAUUAUUGCCUAAAAGCCAGUGGCAAAGCUUAAUCAAUCUAGACAUCAUAAAGGCCCGCAAUAAACCAAUUGAGCCUCCAAAGAAACCGGAAAAGGCUCCCUUCUUCUUGCCUUCUGUUCCAUCUCUAUCUGGAGAAAUAUUGUUUAAGCCUAGUAAAACAGCAGAUGAGAAGAAGGAUGCAAAAGGUGAUGAGGUGGAAAACAAGAGGGAAUUUGAUAUGCCAGCAUCCCAAUUUUUAAAACUUCUUCAAUCCUCUACAGAGAUGAAAAAUUUUUCGGCAUUUACUGAUUAUAUCAAAGGUUUAUCUCCAUCAACUUUGGAUAUGGAACUUCGAAUGCUUCAAAUUAUCGAUGACGAUGAUUGGCAAGAACCAGAUGAAAGGCCUGAAUUGUUUUCAAUUGAACUACUUCUGGAUUACUUAAUACAUGAGAUUUCCUGCAGAAAUAAUUUUGAGUUUAUUCAAGCUGUCAUCUGUUUGUUUCUGAAGAUCCAUGGGGAAACAAUUAGGCGUUGGUCGAGAUUACAGGAUAAGGCGAAGAAGCUUCGAGAUAUCCAGUGCACAGUAUGGGAGAGAGUAGAUAGACUGUUCCAGAGUACUAGAUGCAUGGUCGCUUUUCUUAGCGAUUCACAAUUAUAGAUGGAGCUGGGACUGCAUGGGAUCGAAGUAUUUCAAUGGCUAAAUCAAUCAAAGGAACGUAGUGUGUUAUUGGCGGCGGAAGAGGACCCAACUCAAAUAUGGAUCCUGAAUUUCAAAAACCCAAUGCAGUUACGGAUGUUUUGGGCGUUUGGAGCUUAUACCCGAGCGUGGAUGCCAUAUCAAAAACUGAGGUAUAACUUUGAUUUUUUUUUUUCACAUAACCUAAUCCUAAAUUUGCUUCCAAACAAGGCAUCUCUUGAUAUGUUGUAAGCUAUAGCGUUGUAAACUCAACUCCAUACCCAGAGAAAGGAAAAGAAAAUUUUGAAAUAUUGAUCCCAAGCCCUAAAAUUGCAGUGGCUUUGGUGUGGUAAAUUUUAAUCCAUCCUUGUGUUUUCGUUGUA